ACCGGCCUUUCUACCCGCGUGGUCAAUCUCGCUUGCGAUCGUCCAGGAGCGAUGCAGUGCCGCAGCUUUAGCCGCCUCGUGCUCAUCUUCACCAAUGUGCUCUUCCUCGUGCUCGGCGGCGUCCUCAUCGUCAUCGGCGGCUACAUGAUGCACGUGCCCGACCUGAACGCGUUCUCGGCCGAUGGCAUCUCAAGCGCCGUCAUGGCCUGCGGCGUGCUCAUCGUGCUCAUCGCGCUCCUCGGCUGCUGCGGCGCACACUGGGAAAGCAAGGUCUUCCUCUGCCCGUACGCGACGCUGGUGACCGUGUCGGUCGUCGCGCAGCUCGCGCUCGCCGGCCUCAUGCUGCACGUACACCACUCGCUGGUCCACAUCUCGCAGGCCAGCUACGCAAACCAGUCGGCGUUGCUGUCCGAGGACGACCAGAUCAUCCUCGGGAGCCUCCACUCGAUCUUCAACGAGGCGUACGACGCCUGCCAGCCGCAGGUCGACCUCAUCAAGAGCCUCCAAGUCGGCUCGGUCGUGCUGCAGUGCAUGGGCGCCGACCCGUCGUACCAGUGGUUUGCCCCGUUCGCGGCCAACCGCUGCUCGAUCCGGAAGCAGGACCUGCUCCCGAACUCGACCUUUCGCCAGUGCGCCAAAGACAUGGCCGACGGUGCGAGCGCGACGCAGCUGACGAAGGAAGCUCUCUUUUGCUCGUGCGAGGCCAACCUCGUCGCAUGGAUGGACGAACAGAGUGAGCUCAUUGGCACGAUCGUCGGCGUCAUUGCGGGCUUUGAGGUGGCCCUCGUGCUUCUCUCGUUCUACCUCGUGUGCACGCAGCGCCGGCGCCACCGCGGGUACCAAGAGAUCCGCAUGCCGCUGCGGCCGCAGUUCAACGCGCACCCGUACAACAACCUGCGUAUGAACCCGGCCAACAACCCGUACCAGCCGCAAGCUGGCCGCACAGCGCAGUCGCCGCUCGUGCCGCCGCAGCCUUGA